AUGGACCGGCUCAGGAGUCGCCGAGAUGCACGUGCUCUGGCCACUCUGCCUGGCCAAAGUCGGGGUCCUGCUUCGCAUGAACGCAUCCAAGACACGAAACUAAACCCAGCGCGAGAGCACACCACAGGCGUCACACUGACCCAGAUCCAUCCUCUCCCUGGCGUGGACGUUGAAACCGACAUCGACAUCAUUGCAAUCCAUGGCCUCGAUACGGGGUCGCCAGGCACAUGGACCUGGAAGUUCAACAGACCUGACCGCCAUGAUGUGAACUGGCUGGCCGACAAGGACAUGCUCCCGAGCAGAGUCGGACAUGCUCGCAUCUUGACAUGCGACUGGCCAGCUGAGCUGUUUGAGCGGUCCGACCUUAUCCAAAAGAGAAUCGAGGAGUUGGCUCGGCUGUUUCUGGAUGGCAUUCAAAGACGGCCCUCGGCGACGAACACCUCCUCAAGAAGAGGCGACCGGCCCAUCAUAUUUAUCGCGUCAUGCCUUGGCGGCAUCAUUCUCAUGAAGGCCCUCGUCAUGGCCCAAUACGAGUCCUGUUCCAUCGGGGGUUCCUCCGGGAGUGACACUCACGCUAUAAUUUUUCUUGCGACGCCCUUCAGAGGCACUUCGUUCCAAGAUGUUGCCAACUGGGCCGAGCCAGGUCUGAAGGCCUGGGCUUGGAUCAGAGGUCAAAAAGUGACCCGGAGGCUCGAUGAUGUGAAAGGACCGACCUUCGAUCUAGUCAAACUCGUAGGCGACUUCACUCGCCUGUGUCGAGAGGAUAGUCUCGACCGAGUAAUGACGUUUUACGAAUUAGGCAACACGAAUCUCUACCAUAAACUGGUCGAUGAGUCCUCCGCAAUCCUUGACAUUGUUCCCAACCCUUUGCCUCUUGAUCGUCCUCACCUAACGAUGAAUAAAUUCCAUGGAACAGACGACCCAGAGUAUCAAAAAGUCGCGGGGAAACUUGAGGAAUUUCUUCAUGGGAUUCGCGAGGGGACGGUGCUCAAUAUAGCGGAUGCCUGGAUCCGAAACCAAUGCUACGCUGCGGACAGGCUUCAGAUUCGCCGACUUUCAGAGGAAGAGUUGCCGAUGGAGCAGUGCUACAUCAACCUCGCCAUCAUCGAGCAGCAGUGUGGUCGAGUCUCUAGCGGCUCGGGAUAUGGGUCAAAUGGAGCGGAUUCGACUAGCCAGUCCUACCCGUUUUCGAUCCUCAGUCGUCAGAAGGUUCAGACGCCAGACAAGUCGAUCCAUGUUGAGUUGGAGACAUUAUUCAACCAACGCGACAGAGGCGAUCAUGGUGUGAUAAAACCCCGACGCAUACUAAUUAGAGGACGUGCGGGAGUUGGAAAGACUACCUUGUGCAAAAAGAUGGUCUAUGACUUUAUCCAACAAACGUCGUUGCACGACUUAUGGAUGCAGUGGUUCGACCGCUUGCUCUGGGUGCCUCUGCGUAAUCUACAAAGGCGGCCGGGUCAGGGAUACAACCUAAGUCUUUUGUUCCGUGACGAAUAUUUCCGUCAUCACCUAGGCAAGGGCGGUCUUACUCGGGAGGAUCUUGCUGCAGAGCUGAGCCGGAAAGUGGAUGAUUCUAACAGUGAGAGAACUCUAUUUGUUCUUGAUGGCUUGGAUGAAGUAUCUCAGCUCCUGGCCUCCAGCAACGAGAUGUCCGAUUUUCUCAAGAUGCUUUUGAAUAAGCCUAACGUCAUCGUUACAUCCCGACCCAACGCGAGCCUUCCAGCUAUUAGGGCCUUUGAUCUCGAAUUAGAAACAAUCGGAUUUUACCCCGACCAAGUGACAGAAUAUAUCGAGAAAUCAUUUGUCGACCCAGAUACAAAGACUACAGACCUAAAUAAGCUCAAAAGCUUUCGGUCUUUUCUUCAAAACCAUCAGCUUAUCCAAGGUCUUGUGCGCAUCCCAAUUUUACUAGAUGCGCUUUGUUACACCUGGAACGACCACAAACCCGGAAAUAUACCUGAUACUAUGACUGGUAUUUAUAGAUUGAUUGAGCUGAAAUUAUGGAAGAAGGAUAUCUUGCGAUUAGAGAAACGACACGACGGCGCUCAGUUAUUCAGCUUCAACUUGGAGACGGCGCCCAGACCAACUAUUAAAGGUUUCGUUCAGGAAGAGAUGGAUUUCCUUGAGAGCCUUGCAUUUACUGGAUUAUACGAUAACACAGUGGACUUUUCUUUGGAACAUAUACAUGGCAUAUCGCAUUACUUCACUCCGGGUUUGUUACCUGACAAGACCUUGCCAUCGCUCUCCUUCCUACGAACGUCCGAAGCCUCAUCAGAUUAUCGCAAUCAAAAUUACCACUUUAUACAUCAAACUUAUCAAGAAUACUUUGCAGCACGAUAUUUUGUGCGGCAGUGGAGCAAUCCGGAGGGACGCCUUGUGCUUUUUGCACAAAAUGGUGGAGAGCGCGAGAUGAAGCUGAGCAAUCCCGUCGAAUUUCUUCAGGAACAUAAAUAUGCAGCGGGCUAUAACAUUUUUUGGCGCUUUGUUGCUGGCUUACUCGAUGCCGAAAGUGGAGUUAAAGAGACGCUGCGCUUCUUCCGGACGAUCGAACAGGAGCCGUUCGACCUUUUGGGUCCUACGCACCAACGACUGGUUAUGCAUUGCUUGAGCGAAGUAUCAAAUGAGCUACAAAUUAGAAAGGACUUAUUGGCAAGACUAACUCAGUGGGUGCUAUUGGAAGCCCACCUGACACGUGCAAAUUUCUGCACUAUACCAAGCGAACCAGAGUGUCCAGAGGAAGUCAUACUUGCAGCCUUGGAAUUCGUUCCGGACGAAAGAGGGAAACGUAUUCUGCGCGCAGUAAAUAAACGCCUGUCGGAUACGACUAUAAUAGCCCUAAUAGCGCUGCUCAGGGAUGAGCGGGAGACCAAAGGUGGGGCAAUUGCAGCCUUGAAGAGUCAAUCCCAUCUAUCAGACCAAGCUAUCACGAGCCUGCUAGCGCUUCUCGAGCACGAAAACGAGGAGGUUCAAUUUGCCGCAGCUGAGGUCUUGCGGAACCGUUCCAACCUAUCAGACACAACUAUCACAAGCCUAUCAGUGCUGCUUGAGCACGAACAGGAGAACGUCCGAUUCUCGGCAGCUCAUGUCUUACAGGGGCAAUCCCAUCUACCAGGCCAAGCUAUCACGAGCCUGCUAGCGAUACUUGAGCACGGAAAGGGCUGGAAGCUUCCAUAUGCCGCAGCUUUAGUCUUGCACAACCAAUCCAAUUUAUCAGACACAACUAUCGCAAGCCUAUUAGCACUGCUUGAGCACGAAAAGGGGGGCGUCCGAUUCGCGGCAGCUCACGCCUUGCCUCGGAGUCCUCCAGAUACUAUAAUUACAAGCCUAAUAGCGCGGACUAGGCAUAAAGAGCAGCGGGUCCGAUCUGUGGCAGCUAAAGCCUUAGGCACCCAGCUUCAGUCAACGAAAGCCGUCGAGGCCCUCGAAACUCUGCUCCAAUCCCAAGAUUAUAAUGAUAAAAUUGCUGCAGUCGAAGCCCUGUGGGGUCUAUCAGACGCGACUAUGUUUAUUCUAUCGGAAACGGCUGUCGCAUCAAUACUAGCGCUUCUCGAGCACGAACGGGAGGAGAUUCGCUCCGUGGCGGCUAGGGUCUUGUCUCGGCAGGCUCUACCAGACGCGGCUAUCAAGACCCUCACAGUACUGCUUCAAUCUAAUGAUGGUGUUCUUCGAGCUGCCGCAGCUAGCAUCUUGACCUUCCAAAAAGACUUACCAGACGCGGUUAUCGAGUCUCUCUUAAUGCUGCUCCAAUCUGAGAAUUAUGAUCAAUAUACUAAAACUGACAUAGUCCAUGCCUUGUGCUUCCCGACCCCACCCCUCCAUGUACCACAUGUGGAGAAUCUCAUGAAAGCCCAGUUUCGGGAAUUUAAUCCCUGGGCUGCCUCUGUCCUUGUCAUGGCUUGGAAUAGCCUGCCAAAUUUGUCAAACGCCGCUAUCGAGUCCCUCAUAGCGCUUUUUCAGGCAAAGGAGUUGAACGCCCAAGCUUCGAUAGCUGAAAGCGUGGGCCAGUGCCCGGACUUGAUAGACAAGAUCCUCGAGACCCUGGGCUUAUUGCUAGAAACCGAACUACCAGCUGAGCCCAUCAACAACAUCUUUCGCGAGCCCCAAGUUCUAAAAUUUGUCUAUGGCAUUCUACUGCAUGACAGUUUUCGGAGCCAUAAUAGUUUGUAUGUUCAAAGUGAUGGCGGCAGUUGCCGCUGCAUUCUCAAUCGACGUACUGGACGCCGAACAGCGUCUUUUCAAGAAAGCGGCGUGGCCGACGAGUUUCAGAAGUUACUUGGCGAUAGCCUGAAAUAUUGGAAUCGCGGUGGCUACAAGCUAUGGGACAGUUUGGCGGUCGAUGCUAGCCAAUAG